CGAGGGCGUCCCAGCAGUGCACACACAUUCAACCAAGGUUAUAACCGGCGAAUUCUGUGUUCAUUGCCGCCAGCCCAACAUCCGGCUCCUUUCGUGCGGGAUCCGCCGGCCCAGCCGGUGUUCGGGACCGGCAACCGCUUGUCCCCGCCCCACAACAAACCUUCACUCCGAAGCCUGAUGGCGUGCUUACUGGGCACGGCUGCGAUCCUUUCCCUGCAACUCUUGCUCCUCCCAAGCAUGGCUUGGCAAGACGGCAGGCGUUCGUCGACAUGGAUCGACGUGUACGCCAGUCGCAACGCUUCAACGCCAGCGACAGACAGCCCUCGGGGUCGCUAUUGCAGCGGAGAGCCGGGGAGGCAGGCGAGACGGAAUUCUCCGAGCCCUUGGACGAGUGAUACGACGCUGAAGAAGUCGCAUCCAGCCGCCGUCGCCUCCGGCAAAAUCUCGAAUGCGACACUGCAAGCUGCAUUGUUCGGUGCUCUACCAACGCCUGAUCAAACCUAAGCGCAGCCUGAGCCGCUUGCGGGAAUGCUUCUUUUCUGUCCCGUCUCUGUGCGUCGAAACCGACUAGCCUUCUAUUCCGUCGCCAAGUCGGUCGUCCGGAUUGGCUCAACAGGCGAGACUG